GCUCUGGCGCGCACACAGCAAGAAAGCAAACACGCUUCAGUCGAUGGGAAGCGCAUAACUUUUUUGGCGAAGUCUUUAAAUUGAAAAAUAGGUAUAGUAUGGCAUCUUCAGUGAGAUUUUAUUAAUUAAAAAUCUAAAAUGAUUCGUGUUUAAAAUUAUAAUCUUAUUCUGUGUUAUUUGAGAGUGUGACGAUAUUUUCCCACAUCAAAUGCGAUGUUAUUGGCUCCUGUUUUGUGUGAUAGAGAUUUGAACCUUGUCUCCAAAGCACCUGUCUGACCCAUGUUUUGACUGCCGAACGGUUUCGGAGUCUGAACAUCCCAAGGAUGGAACCGAUCUAGAACAGCGGUGUUUCCCCUAGAAUAACGUAAAUAUAGCUAUUAUCAUUAAAUACCCAUUUUUUUAAUUUGGAAAUUAAAGUGAGAUGUUUUCAAUUUUAUCAGAUGCGUAAUUUUUUAUUUACAAGUUAUUAUUUUCAAUAACGGCCUAGGAACAUUGGGUUAACGGCCUUGUUCAGAGGAAGAACGACAGAUUUUUACCUUGUCAACUCGGGGAUUCGAUUUUACAACCUUUCGGUUUCUAGUACGUUUUAACCACUAGGCUACCUGCCGCCCAAUGCAAUGCUUGUGCAUUAACCUUAGGUUACCUUAGGUUAGCCUUAUAGUGCAUCAAGAAAAACGGAACUCACAAUUCUAUUGGAAACAUAGCUCGUGGAAUUACACUCAAGAAUGUCACACAGCUCCUACACCAGGAUGUGGGUCCAGGCCCAUGGAGCCUUGGAGGACCUUCUGGUGGAUGAGCACCCUCCCACUGCCCCUCGGCCGCUGAAGGACCGGCUGCAGGUCUUCCAGGGCCUGGCCACCUUCUACCUGAAGUACCUGCAGAUCUUCCGCAGCCUGGAGGCUGUCUACGACCAGAUAGUUCACCCCCAGAAGAGACGCAUGGUCAGGCACGUGUUGGACGGCGUGAUGGGUAGAAUCCUGGAGCUCAAGAACGAGAUGGUGGAGCUGGAGUUCUCAGAGUUCCACUACUUUGAUGAUGUGCUGCAGGACCUCAAGCUGACACCUGAGGACCUGGAGGUGCCCAUCCCUCAGUAUUUUGUGAGAGAGAAGAUGCGUGUGCUGCGGGACAGACAGAAGAUGCUGGCUCAUGUCAUGGCUAAAGGGGGACACAUUGAACAGGUUGAGCAGGAGGUGUCGGUUCAGACCAUGUGUCUGGAGGAAGCUGUUCGGGUCCUUCAGGUUUGUGAGCGGGCACGGCAGGGUCGGCUCAGGCAUCGCUUCAUGAAGGAGAUACGGCAGGCUGAGGAAGAAGGGAGCCAGGCCAAGAGCCAAACACCCAUCAGCACCCUGGACCCCGACCAGGCUGCCACAUGCAUUCAGAAGGUUUGGCGGGGCUACAGUCAGAGGAAGAGGACCAGGAGAGAACGGCUGGAGGAGAUGAUAUUUCUGGGAAUGGUCCCUCCAGAGCAGCAGCAGCAGAGGCCCAGCGUGGCCCAGCUGAAGGCCCAGCAGGUGGAGACGACUCGCAGGCUGGUCCAAGAGGAGAAUGAGGCUGAGUACCAGAGGGCCCUGGUCAGCAUCAAGGAGUCUGUGCGUGCCGUGGACGGCCCUGACCUACGGGAAACCCUGCAGGAGCAGAUCAGACAGUGGUUUAUCGAGUGCCGAGAUGCCACUGGAAAGUUUCCUGACUUCCCCAAUGCUGAGGAUGGGGGAUCAACAGCCAUAUUUGCACAGAAGACACCUGACCAGGUCGCUGCAGAAUUAGCAGCGAAAGAGGAAGAGAAGAAGAGGAAAGACAACAUAAAUAAAGAUAAGAAGGGUGGGAAGGACCGCAAGGAUCAGAAGAAAGACAAGAAGCGGAGAAGCAAACAGAAGAAAGGAGGAAAAGAAGAAGGAGAGGAGGAGGAGAAGGGCUGGAAAAUGCCCCCGAGCAACUUCCUCCCUACUGUUGUGGAGGGAAACAAAAUGUACAAAGACGUGUGGCAGGGGCGUGAUGAAACACAGAACUUCCUGCAGCGGUUUGAUGCCCAGCUGGUGCGUGAGGAGAAGAGGUUGGAGGUGGAGGAGGAGGUCAGAGUUCAGGUCGAUGAGCUGAUGAGACAGGAAGUGAAGAAUCUCAAGCUGGCUGUGGACCGAGAGAAAGGGAAGAAGAAGAAGAAGGGAAAGAAAGGUGGCAAGAAGAAAAAGAAGAAAGGAAAGAAGGGCAGUAAGAAGAAGAAGAAGAAAGAGAAGGAUCUGACUGCUGACAGAACCCUUGAGUCUCUGUAUGAAGAGCUGGUGCUGGAAGGCUUCUUGAUUAGACCCUUGAACAUCAAGCUCUCUGAGUACAUUGGUGAGUUCAGCUACCUGGGUACGACCCUGCGCCAGGCAGACAUUGAGCCCAUGCCCUCUCUGUCAGACGUCAGACAGCUCAUUGCCCUUUAUGGGAUCCUGCCUCUGGGAUCCCAGUCCGUCCAUCAGAAGGCUCCCCUGAUGAAGACUCUGCUGCUGGCUGGUCCUGGAGGCGUAGGGAAGAGGAUGCUGGUCCAUGCUCUGUGCACUGAGACCGGGGCCAACCUCUUCAACCUGUCCCCCAGAAACCUGGCUGGGAAGUACCCCGGCAGGAGCUGCCUCCAGUACCUACUGCACAUGGUCUUCAAGGUGGCUCGCCAGCUGCAGCCCUCUGUAAUAUGGAUCGGAGAUGCAGAGAAAACCUUUUAUAAGAAAGUCCCGAAGCUGGAGAAAGAGAUGGAGCCUAAGCGUCUGAAGAAGGACCUAGUCAAGGUGCUGAAGUCUGUGAAGCCUGAGGAUCGUGUUCUGGUCGUAGGGACGUCCCGGAGGCCCUUUGACGCAGACCUCAAGCCCUUCUGUAAAGUCUAUAGGAAGAUCAUCCUCAUCCCCAGACCUGACUAUGCCUCCAGACUGGUGCUGUGGAGGGAGCUGCUGUGUGGCGGCGGUGCUCGCCUCACCCCCAACCUGGACCUGAGCUCCCUGGCCAAGGUGACAGAUGGCUACACCCAGGGCCACAUCCUGCAGGCUGUGAGGCAGGUGCUGACCCCUCGCAGGCUGGCCCAGCAGACUACCAGACCACUGACCGCUGAAGAGUUCAUCCCUCCACUGGCCAGACAGGACCCCGUCUACAAAGAGGAGGAGGAGGCCUUUAAGAUGUGGUACGGCAGGACACCUUUGGGUAAGAAGAGGGCACGGGCGGCCAAGGCCAUCGAGGAGGAGGGAGAGUCGGGCAAGGACAAAGACAAGCGGGGCACUGGGAGGAAGACAGGGAAAGAAGAGAAAAGCAAGAAGAACAAUAAGUAAAUGUCAAAGACAAGAGACAGAAGUCGUCAACAUUGGAGAGGUCUACAGACAGGGACUUUCAGGGGAUGUGAUUUACAUUCCUACUUCUUAGAUAUGAUGGACGAUACAUUUACUACCAGUCUAUGACUGUAAAUGUCAUGACAACAGUAUAACGGUAACAGUCGAUCGUGUUAUGAUCAUAAUGACAAAAGUAGCUGUUUAUCUUGUAUGAGACCAGAUAUAAAGUAUGUCAAAUAAAUCAUUAUUAUCGCAGUGUAAAUAUUGAAGAUAAGUGUUGUUGAUUUUA